AUGGUGCGGCAAGAAGAUGUGGACAACUUGUUUGCUAAACCUGGGACAGUCCGCAGACAUUGCCUUCUUCUCAGUGCGUGUAUAGUUUUCGACGUUACCAUCUACCCAUUGAUGAUCUGGUUUCUUUUCAUCGACGUCCCAGCAUUCUUGCAGGCACCCCCACGCGAGGAAGAUGAGCGCAUGUUUCUCUUCAUCAAGCUUGGAGCUGUUUGCGGCUUCACCUUCGUGGUCUGUAUGUACCAGGUUAUAUUGUUUGAUCUAUUUGGCCAGCAUUGCUCGCGAAUGCGUCAAGCGUUGUCCAUGGAGCAGAAGCCAGUGCCGCAGACCAGAGCCGAAGAUGCUGAAGGAAAGCAUCCCGAAGAUUGGGACACCAGGCCUGAUGACGGCGCAGGCCAGCCCAAGCUGGCGGAAUCGGAGAGCAUUCUGGCCCUUCCUGGGGCGCUCUAUCCGCAGCAUUUGGGGAUGCCAGCGAUUGAGGAAGCGCCCGAGAGCACUGUGGUCCAAAUGGUGACACCUUUCCAGAGUCAGAGUAGAACGAUGUCUCGCAACCCAUCUUGGGAUGAGCGAGGACGAGUUUCUGCUGCAGCUGCUCGUAAAUAUCAUUCAGAAGGCCAAGACGUAGCUGCUCGAGCUCCUGUACAAAGCUUGACGGAUGGCGGUAGUGGUGACGAGAAUGAUCGUUCUGGUACGAAGAAGUCCGCCGCAAAGAAUCACGAGAAGACCGUGUCCUUUGACAGGGAGACAGUUUUCACUUACAUCAAGCAGACGCCUGUACAAACUCCCAGAUGA